AAUGCGACAAGGGACUGUAUGGCGGUAAUUGUGUCUUUAACUGCACAAGAAGACACUGUCUGAAUAAAGCUGCAAGCUGUGAUCACGAGACUGGUUCAUGUGGAGGAGAGUGUGAGGAAUCCUGGAUAGGAGAAGACUGUACAGGGUGUGGUGGGAAAUAUGGCAGAGAUUGUAGCUAUUCAUGCAGUGAACGAAAGUGUAGAGACCCCUCUGUGCCGUGUGAUCCCGUCACAGGAUCUUGUAAUGGAGGAUGUCUGGACGGUUGGCAAGGGGAAACGUGCAAUACCAAAUGCAAUUGGACAUAUGGUAAACAUUGCGGCUUUUCGUGUAAUGAAAGACACUGCAAAGACAAAACGCAAUGUGAUCACGUGACAGGAUCGUGCAAUGGACCGUGUGUUUCUGGUUGGCAAGGAGAUUCUUGCAGUGCGAUUGCCAAUACUGACUCUGGGAAAGAUGUAUUAAUCAUUGCUAGCAUUGUUGUUACUGUUGCUGUCGUGAUCAUCGUGGUCGUUAUCGUCGUGGUGUUUGUCAGAUGGAGGAGGAGGCGAAUAUGGAAAGAUAAUUCCCACGAAACACUUGUUUUGGGAAGACCUUCGAGAAACUCGGACAAACCUCACGAAACUGGAGAAUCAAAUGUCUAUGUCAAUGUUGGCAUGACGUCGACGUUGAAGGAACAGCCCAUAGGACACCAACCAGACCAUGUCCACGUGGUUGCUGUGCAGCAAAGAGUAAAGGCUCAUAAUGAAAAAGCAAAGGGAAAUAAAAAGGACAAAGCUAAGGGAGGUAACACAUACUGUAACGUGAAGAUAAGCGACCAAGAUGAUGCAGAUAUUACUGAUGCCGUCGCCAUUAUAGAAGCAGACCAUAAGAGCGAUGAAGGUCAGACAGGAAAUGACGUUGAUGAACAUGAUGCAUAUUAUAAUAAGACAGCCACUUUACCGGAAGCAGGGUUUAACAUGUCGGAGCUUGAAACUGUAAUUCAGCGAAUCAGGAACCAACGCGGAGGAUUUGAAGCAGAGUUCUUGAAACUACCUAGUGGAUUCAAGCAUCCCUAUGCAGAGUCACAGAAACCCCAACAUAAAGGGAAGAACAGAUUUGUUGGCUACUACCCAUAUGACAACAACCGCGUGGUUUUGUCCAAACUACCCAAUUACCCUGAUUCUGACUACAUCAACGCAAGUCAUGUGGACGCCUAUAACACGAAGGAUUAUUUCAUUGCAGCUCAAGCACCGAGAGAAGGAACUGUUGUUGACUUCUGGAGGAUGAUCUGGGAACAAGACUGUGGACAAAUUAUAAUGCUUACAAACUUCAUGGAAGCCGGAAAG